AUGAAUAACGAUUCCAGUGAAUCUAGUGAACCAGAUGCACAAUCGGCCAUGAAUCAGUUUGCCAGAAUCCUUACGGAUUCCCUCAGGGCUUUGAAAAGUGAACCUCAACAAACGGCAACUGUUUCGACUACGAUAAAUAUACCGUUUUUUGAUCCGAAAAAUGAUGACUGUGGAGCAUUAAAAUGGUGUGUGGAAAUGGAAAAGCUUGGCGAAAUUUGUAAAUGGUCAAAUUUUGAGCUACUUUCCAGACCAUCAAGUGGCCUUGUGGAAAGUAAUGUUUUUGGAGUGGUGAAUCCCCGGGUGAAUCAAGAUUCUAGAGAAAUCACCAAGAAACAUGAAAAUGAACAACGGACAGCACCUGGAUUAUUGAAUAUUUCAUAUGAAGAAAAUGGCCACAAUAAUAUUGAUAAUCUUGAAGAUGGAUCUAGUAAUGGUGAGAACAAUAGUUCGAAUUCAGAUGAAGAACCCUCGGAAGAACCCUAUGGCAUAGAUGUUACGGCCGAUGUUCGAAAUAAUAUUCAUGCUAAUCGCAACACAUCGAAAGAGAAUAGAAAGAGAAGAGGAAGAAAAAAGGUGCAAGACGGUGAAGACUCUAGAAAAAGAAAGCGCGAACCUAAAUAUUGGGAAAAGAAUAAACGAAAAUCUCUGAAAACUCAAGGCAAGUCAUAUGUCACAAUAAAAGGAAAACAUAUUCCCGAGAAGUCCUUGCAAGAUCCUUGUCGCUGUAAAAAGAAGUGCUAUGAAAAAUUUUCAAAUGAAAAAAGACAAGACAUCUUUUCGGAUUUUUAUAAAUUAUUACAGGAAGCACAAAAUCAGUUUAUUGCAAAUCAUGUUGUAGAAAUUCUCAAGAAAACAGAGAGGCUGAGGGGAAAUAACAGAGAAAGCAGAAGAACCUACAGUAGAAUUUAUUACUUGGAUACAAAAAAUUUUGAGAAAAUUGAAGUUUGUCAAAUUAUGUUUUUGUCAACACUUGAUUUGACCUUAAAGAAAGUUCGGAUUAUCGUAGAAAAAAAACGCACUUCAAAUUCAAGCAUCUGUUUUGAUGAUGCGAGAGGGAAACAUGCAAAUCACCCAAAGAUAAGUGAAGAAGAAAAAAAUAUUAUAAGACGACACAUUGAGAUGUUUCCCUCGUGUGAAAGUCAUUAUUCAAGAGAACAAACUGCAAAAAAAUACUUAGCUUCUGAUCUUUCAAUAUCAAAAAUGUAUAAACUGUAUGUUGAAUACUGCCAAGAAAACACUAUAGUACCAAGAAAUGAAUUCAUGUAUAGGAAAAUUUUUGUAGAAGAGUUCAACAUAGCUUUUAAAAAGCCUUAUAACGACACUUGUGGUACCUGUGAUAAAUAUGAAUGUUUAUUGAAGUCUGUCCGAGACGAAGAGGAAAAGAUGAGAAUUGAAAAUGAAAAAGCUGAACACUUGAAUUUAGCAGAUGCUGCAUAUAAAGAAAAGAAGAAAGACAAUUUUGCGUGCAAAACCAAUCCUAAUCUUUUAGUUAUAAGCUUUGACCUACAAAAGUGUUUGCCGACACCCUAUUUGAAGAGCAGCAUAUCAUUCUAUAAACGAAAACUAUGGACGCCAAAUCUCACUAUCUAUGAAUCACACGGAAGUACUAAUUCAGCAAAAUGUUAUCUUUGGGACGAGACCAUCGCUCAAAGGGGUGGACAAGAAGUUGCAUCGUGUUUGUAUACAUACAUUAUUAAUAAUAUUCCUCCCCAUAUCAAUGAAAUCAAUAUGUACAGUGAUUGUUGCCCUGGACAAAAUAAGAACAUCUUGGUAUCCGUAAUGCUUCUUAUCCUCAUGGAAAAAUUUAACAGAGAACAGAAACACAUGAAAAUUUGUCAUAAAUUUCUAGUCCCAGGGCACACUCACAUGGAAGCAGACCAAAUCCACGCAGCGAUUGAGAAAACUAAAAAAUCAACAACAGCUAGAAUAGAUAUUCCUCGAUAUAACUUGAUCCGUUUAGUACCAAGAAGACCACCUAUUCUCGUUCAAGAGAUGCGUCAAGAAGAAUUUCUUAAUUUCAAAUCACUUCUUUCUGGAAAGUUCCAACAUAAAAAAGUAAAUACGUUAGGGGAACCAGUAGUUUGGUCUACAAUAAGAGUAAUUCAGUAUUCCAGUGAAAACCUCGGUUUGAUACAAUACAAGACGUCUUUCGACGAUGAACCUUGCAAAAGCUUGGAUUUGUCAAGAAAAAAAACUAGACAUUCGGAAACCACAAACCUCCUACCAAUCUCAAAGAAACCUCUUGGUAUACCCGCGAAUAAGUUGCAACAUUUAAGAGACAUGUUACCGUACAUCCACGAGAACAGUCGACCUUACUAUUUGCAAUUUAUCAAUGGCAUCAAUACACCACAAACAGCAAACGAUACAAUGAGCGAAAAUGAAGACGAAAAUCAAGAUAUUGACGACCUUCAUUAG